AUGUCUGUGGAACAACACUUGUCGAAUGAGGUGUUCCUGCAGAGGCUAACCGCGUUCUACAGAGAUUCGAAAAUACGCGGACCGAAAAGUGUCUAUGUCACAAUGAAAGCUUAUGAUGGCCGAACAAAGGCAGUACCGAAAGGGGCGGAAUUCAAGGACGGAGAUGAGGUUUCUUGUUUGUUCAGAGCCAAGUGGGGAAAUCGCAAAAUCGCUACAGAGGUGAAAGCUAAAGAGGUCAAUAAAUUCCAUGCACAAUAUGCCCAAAUUAUCACAUCGCAGUUGGUCAACUUAGAGAAGCGAAAGAAGAUCGAUGAGGAAAAGAAGAAGUCAACGGGUGCCAGUAAAGCCUAA